CCCGUAUUCAAUCCUGAUUCAUUCUAUUUCUUAAGUUUUCUUGUAGUAGACGGCACAACAUGGAAGUCCUCGCAGUGAGCCAUGCUCUACCAAAAGAGUACAAUUUCCAGGGUCUCAAGAUUAAAUCAUCGAUCCUCCACGACCCCCUGACAGCACCAACCGACUAUAUCGAGCUCGAUGAAAAUGGAGUCGUCGACAAUGCCACGGCUGCCCACGAAGGCCCGGUAUACGUCAUGUUCGCCGAGAACUACGAUUACUGGUGUUCCAACCUCGGUGUAGAACGUGCGUCCUGGGACUGGUGCCACUGGGGCGAGAAUAUCACCCUAAGAUACAAGGGACAGGCUCGACUUGAGAAUGAAAUACAGUUAGGUGACAUCUGGCGAAUCGGCGACUCGGUCCGCCUUGAAGUCUGCGGAUCCCGAAUACCAUGUCAGAAACUCUCCUGGCGUUGCGGACAAAAGGAUUCCUGGCUUCCCACCCUAGCAGCCACAGGUCGUGUCGGCGUUUAUCUCAGAGUCAUCCAAGGUGGCCGCGUCCACCCAGGAGAUGAAGCGCAUCUAGAAGCACCUUCGAAGUCCAGAGACACGGUGAACGUGGCAACCAUCACGCAGGUCUGCUACAGUGCCUCACUCAAGACCAAGGAUACGCUAGACAUGCUGGCUAAGCAUAAGCUGCUCAUGCGGCUGAACAAGUUAUUCGUCAGUCAGAAGUUGCACUUGAUAGAGGACAAGCUCAACCUGGAGAAGAACGGCUGGAAAGGAUGGCGUGAUCUUCGGGUGUUCAAGGUCGUCGAUGAGGGGUGGAAUAUUAAAUCUUUCUACUUCCAGCCCCUCAACGACGACGAAGACAAAUCUCUAGCCAACUACCAGCCUGGACAGUUCCUCUCCAUCCGUCUCCCCAAGGGUACUAUACGUAGUUGGACUAUUUCCGAUUUCCCCUGUCGAGAUGGACCGCAAUAUUACCGGGUCACCAUCAAGAAAGGGGGUGUCGCAUCAACGUGGAUGCACGACCACUGCACCCCCAACACCACCCUCCCUGCCCGCUCCCCCGCUGGCCGAUUUGUCCUCGACUGGGCAUCGGGCAUCAAUCCCCGACAAGUCUACAUCUCGGCCGGCAUAGGCAUAACCCCCAUGCUCGCCAUGCUUCGCGCCCAUGCCCUGCACCCGAAUUUCCAGUCGACACCAGCGCUGAUAAUCCAUGUCGCCCAGAACGGGGCCAGUUUCCCCUUCCAGGAGGAAAUCGCCAAACUUGGAAUCGCGAGGUCGGAGAAACAUAUCUACUUCACCCUCCCUCGCCCCUCACCUGACGUCCAGGGCGUCCACUAUGACCACGUCGGCCGACCGAGCAUGGAGGCCCUGAAAGAGGUGCUCUCUGCGCCCUACCAAUGGAACCCCUUUGGCACAAGCGACCAAACCGUCCCCUGCAAAAUGAGCAAAUGCUACAUCUGUGGCCCCGCCGACUUCGAGGCAUCCAUCAAAUCCUGUCUACAAGAAAUCGGCAUCCCACCACCAUUGAUCUUCAGCGAAUCCUUUUCCGCUUCUGGGGCUGCUCUUGGCGAAGUAAAAAGGGCGAGGGUCAGGUUCGUAAAGUCAAAUAAGACGGCGACGUGGGAUAGAGAGGCGCCAGUGAGUUUGUUGGAGCUGGCAGAGUCAUUGGGGUUGACGCCCGAUUAUGGGUGUAGGGUGGGGGCGUGUGGGAGUUGCAAGGCGAAGUUGAAUUGUGGGAGUGUUUCUGGGGGAGUGCAGAUGGAUGGGUCGGUGUUGACUUGUGCGGCUGUGCCGGCUUCAGAGGAAGUGGAGAUUGAUAUGUGAGGGAGUCUUUCCGUAGCUCGGAUUUCAUACGGAUCGCGGGUAGUGGUGAGACUAUGCUAUGGCGAUAAGUCUGAUGUUUGAAAUGAUAUAGUCGCAGAAGGCUAAGCAUCACAGUUUGUAGAGUUCUGACGCUCUUAUACGACUCAACUGGUGUUCAUUUGAUGUUAUCUCCUCUCAAUUAUAUGUAUAAUACACAGAGUAGGGCAGGCCGGCCUACCUCAGUAAGACAGACCGCGCGUAAACCUUAGAGGUUUUGUCUCCACUCAGACACCCUAACCACCAUGUAACUCCG